UUCGUUUGUUCUCUCAAUAAUACUGUUUCCAUAGUUGGCACUGAGGAGUUUCCUACUAUGGGUCAAGAAAACGACGCCGUUUCGCAGAUCCGUCCCGACGGCGGAACUGCGUCUCCGGCGGGAUUCAAGCUCGUCGGAUUCUCCAAAUUCGUCAGGACGAACCCCAAAUCUGACAAGUUCAAGGUGAAAAGCUUCCACCAUGUCGAAUUCUGGUGCGGCGACGCCACCAAUGUUGCUCGUCGCUUCUCUUGGGGUCUCGGCAUGCGAAUCGCCGGCAAAUCUGAUCUUUCCACCGGAAAUAUGGUCCACGCCUCCUACCUCCUCACAUCCGGCGACCUCCGUUUCCUUUUCACGGCUCCGUACUCGCCAUCUCUCGCCGCCGCCGCCGCCGCUGCCGAGAUCCGUCCAAUGACGACGGCCUCGAUCCCGACCUUCAAUCCCGCGGUUUGCUGCUCCUUCUUCGCUUCCCAUGGUCUCAGCGUCAGAGCCGUUGGAAUCGAAGUGGAAGACGCAGAGUCCGCCUUCUCCAUCAGCGUAGCGAACGGCGCCGUUCCGUCUUCUCCGCCGGUCGUUCUCGCUGGAGCCGUCACGAUCGCGGAGGUCAAACUGUACGGAGACGUCGUACUCCGGUACGUCAGUUACGUCAAUAAAGCCGAUUUCGAUUUCGAUUUCCUCCCAGGAUUCGAGCCGGUGGAGGAUACGACGUCGUUUCCGUUGGAUUACGGGAUACGACGGCUGGACCACGCGGUGGGAAACGUCCCGGAGCUUGCACAGGCGGUCACGUACGUCUCCGGGUUCACUGGAUUUCACGAGUUCGCAGAAUUCACGGCGGAUGACGUGGGAACAGCCGAGAGCGGUCUGAAUUCGGUGGUUCUUGCGAACAACGAGGAGACGGUGCUUCUGCCAUUGAACGAGCCAGUGCACGGGACGAAGAGGAAGAGUCAGAUUCAGACAUACCUUGAACACAACGAAGGUGCAGGGCUGCAGCACUUGGCGCUGAUGAGUGAGGACAUAUUCAGGACAUUGAGAGAGAUGCGGAAGAGGAGCAGUGUCGGAGGGUUCGAAUUCAUGCCGGCGCCGCCGCCGAAUUAUUACCGGAAUCUGAAGAAACGGGUCGGCGAUGUCCUCAGCGAUGAACAGAUCAAUGAGUGCGAGAAGCUUGGGAUUCUAGUGGACAGAGAUGAUCAGGGAACUUUGCUUCAGAUCUUCACCAAGCCACUCGGUGAUAGGCCGACAAUAUUCAUAGAGAUAAUCCAGAGAAUAGGGUGCAUGAUGAAGGAUGAACAAGGGAAGGAGUACCAGAAAGGCGGGUGUGGCGGCUUUGGCAAAGGCAACUUCUCCGAGCUCUUCAAGUCCAUUGAAGAAUACGAGAAGACCCUCGAGGCCAAACAGCUCCCGGAUUCAGGUUCUUCGGCAUCUUGAUUACAGUAUACAUACAUACAUACAUAUCUAUAUAGACAUAUGCGUGUGUGUAUGUGCUCAGAUGUCAGGAAUUCGUGGUAGACACACAUGAAAGGAAAUAAACAGAUCAUAAGUUGCAGUAAGGGGGGGAACACAUUGUAUAACUUUUAAGUUUCAAUAAUAAACGAAUAAAUGGUAGAAGAAACACACUGAAUGAAGAAGCUGUAUGUUACACAAAGCCACGAUCGAGCUUGAUUUAUCUGAUAGAUCUUGCUGUUUAAUAGAAAUAUUUAUUAUGCAUAAA